ACCCAGCGGUACUUUGUUUAGAAUUUUCUCUACAACUUUUCAUUACCAGUUAGUCGAUUGCCCUCUAGCGUCCAUUAAAGAUGAAUUUCCGCGAUACGAUUGUGGGAUUUACACUGCUUGUUUUAAGUGCUGCAAGCCAGCUUCCUUCUAAAGCGAUAGAAACUAAAGAAACUUUGCUCCAUGAGUUGCACUCACUGCAAGAAGUAAUUCCGAAUGGUUAUCAUGUGAAAAAUUCCGCAAAUUCGGAAAAUGUGAUCAAAGUACAGAAUCUCUUCGAGGAAUUUCUUCAACAAAACCAGGAUAGCAUUAGUGCGGUGUUACGCGUUCUGAAAUUGGUAGAUCAUGAUGCUGAAAAUGUUAUUCUGGAUUGCAUACGAAUUUUCGAUUUGGAAGUAUUAAGCAGCGCAAAUAUUAUCUUCGAGCACGUUAGUAAGCCGCUGCUUUUUCAAGUUAGAGAUCUUUGUGAGUUGGUCGCGGCUGGCCGGUUGGAUACGAUCGAAACUGUCUUAGAAAAGGUUGAACGUGAAGCAGCUGAUUAUCGGGUGAGGUUGGAUGAAACGAUGCAGGACAUUGCAUUUGUUUCGAGCCAGCUUAGUGGCGAUCACAUCACUGACAAAGUUCACUCGAAGGAGGAACUUAUUUGGACUCAACUGGAGCGGUUGAACCAAACGUUUCGGGCACAGCUGGAUAGCACUUUCACGAACUAUUUUACCAGGUGGAUUGGGAAGUAUAAAAAAUUCGCCUCAAUGCUUCCGGAAGGGUUUGGUUCCGAUGAGCAAUCUGGAAUUGUAACUUUGUUCGAUUUUCUUGACUUUCUAGAUAAUGAAACUAGUGUAUUGCAAGACGAAUUGCAAGAUUUCUUAGACUAUUGGGUGUACAUAGUUGAAGAGUCUUUAGAAUCGGUAACGAAUGGUUCUUUGGAAGUUGUAUAUUUCCUCCAGGAUUAUCCAAUAGAACGUUUGUUGAAUGGAGAAACUGAUCUAAAAUGUGUUACCGCUUACUAUUCAAACCUGGACCGGACUCUCUUAAACUUUUUGGAUAAUUUUUACGAGUGUGUAGAAUAUGAACAGGAAAUGUCCAAAGCAUUUCGGCAGUUAGAAUCCGUACUGGAUUCCACGGAUAAGGCAGUUCAAUUUAUCUUUGAUAGUUACAUCACAUGUGGUAAGCUUUCCGAAAAAUUCAAAGACGAAUUAGCACUGGACGAAUGUUUACAGGAUUUGUCUGAGCCACUUGAACAAACGGAAGAAUUUGUCGAGCGCAAGGCGAACGAAAUCUACUACCAUGUUGAAGAUGCAAUGGUCUUCAGUGGAGUCAUAAUGGGUGCAUGCGUUCAUAUGAAAGCACGGGAUGCGAUCCUGGAAGUCGGUGAAAAGUUUGGUAAUUUUGAUAAGUGCAGUAUGGGCGCUAGGAAAUAGAAUGCCAUCCAAAAGAAACAUUCAUUUUUACCAGAGGAUAAUAAGUAACAGUUAAAACUAACGAACAUUAAAAGUGUUGUUGAAGGGAUGUUAUUGAAUUACAGUGUCAAUAGAGGAAAGUAUCUGAAGGAUAAACAGUGUAAAAUAAAAAAAAUACUUAAAAGGUUUAAGCUCAAUUAUUAAACUCAACUAUCAAAAAUUUAUGACACCAUUAGCAAUAGAAUUCAGGUUUUUUUAUAAAAAUUUAGGGGCGCUGAAAAUAAGUAACAUAACAAAAAGUCAUGAAAUAUUGUGUUACUAACAUUAGAGACAUCUCUAAUUUGUUCGGCCCUAGACCGGUGAACGGUCCGUAAGCCAAAAAAAAAACUUAAAAAAAAACAGAGAGCACCAGAAAGUCGAAUGACAGAAAAUAGCAAAAUCAACACUCUGGUUAAUGGUAAUGAGAAAGAACCGUUAUUAGUGUCAGUAAACGAUGAUUCAAGAAAAUAAAAUGUCACAUAAAA